AUGUUGGGCCAUGCGAGCGGGCCUGUGAUUGUACAGAAACUUCAUCUUUUCAUUCUCACUCUUCUCUCGCUUUAUUCCUUGACUGCGCAUGCUUCGAACGAUACCCUGCUAUGGGGUCCUUACCGACCAAACCUGUACUUUGGAAUUCGACCACGUGUCCCCAACAGCCUGUUGACCGGCCUGCUAUGGGCAAACACCGACAACUAUGGCACCGCUCAGGUCAAUUUUCGGCACACCUGCGAGCAGCAUGAGGGGAUGGCCGGUUAUGGUUGGGAAGAAUAUGAUGUUCGAAACGGGGGAAGACAAGUUAUACACGACACAGGGAAUAUGAUCGAUUUGACUAUUGAUUUUGUCAAGGUUCCUGGAGGGCAGCAUGGUGGGAGUUGGGCUGCGAGAAUAAAGGGCAAUCCAAGAGAAGAUGCGCCUGCCACGCUGGUCACAACCUUGAUCUUCUAUGCUGGCAUGGAAGGACUGGGUGAACUUGUAUUCAAGGACACGGACGAGGAAGACGGCGUGGUGACUCUGCAUGGCGAGACAAGCGAGCUUGGGCAAUUCGACAUCUCCUUUGCGGAUUCUUCAGAGAAUCUUCUACCAUACAAGACACACCCAUCUUGGGAUGCAAAACCGCUCGACCGGCCAAUCCUGAGCAGCCUGCAGAUACCACCGGAUGCCAUCUGGCAAGCCAAGAAUAUUGUGUUCGCGAGCAUGAAGUCGGAAAUUGAUGGUCUCGUGCAGCAAUACGGACAGGAGAACAUGCCACCUCCCUGGCAGGCCUUUUCCAUCCAGCAGAACCCUGGUCCUGGAAAUUUUCACAUGGUCCAAAAAAUAUUCGUCGGCGCUUUCGAAACCGACAUUCAAUUCAUAUCUGCGUCAGGCCCGUCGGUGUCCUCAGAAUCUCUCACGAAGGCCAUAUCGGGCUCCUCAAACGACUUCAAAGAGAAGUUCACAGAGGUUUUCAAACCUUUAGCGCCAUUCACCAAGGCUGCAUACACCGAUUUCUCUGCAUCCAUGUUCUCCAAUUUGUUUGGCGGAAUUGGAUACUUCUAUGGUGAUUCGCUGGUCGACAGAUCUUAUGCUCCAGAAUACGACGAGGACAAUGAAGGAUUCUGGGAGGAAACCGCAGCCGCACGAGCUCGAGCGGAGAUUGUCAAAGAUCCCCCCGCCGAGCUUUUCACCAGCGUUCCGUCCAGACCUUUCUUUCCACGCGGGUUCUUGUGGGAUGAGGGUUUCCAUCUCAUACCAGUCGCGGAUUGGGAUCUUGACGUUACGAUUGACAUCGUAAAAUCGUGGUUCAACCUCAUGGACCAGGAUGGCUGGAUUGCUCGCGAGCAGAUUUUGGGCCCUGAAGCGCGCAGCAAGGUGCCCCCAGAAUUUCAAGUUCAAUACCCACACUACGCCAACCCACCCACACUCUUCCUAAUCAUAGACAUUUUGAUGGACAAAAUGUCGAGUCCUGCGUAUGCUGAAUCCAAGGAUCGCAUUGAGACCGAACUCCGCAAUCUGUAUCCCUUACUCAAACGCCAAUAUUACUGGUUCCGUCGCACCCAAUUUGGGGACAUCAAAUCCUACGACCGUGAAGCCUUUUCCACCAAAGAAGCAUACCGAUGGCGCGGGCGCACACCACAGCAUAUCCUCCCUUCUGGACUUGACGACUAUCCGCGCCCUCAACCUCCUCAUCCAGGUGAACUUCACCUAGACUUGAUCUCCUGGGUGGGCAUGAUGUCGCGCAUCCUCGUGCGUCUUUCCACAUUGCUCUCGGAAGCCGACGACAUACCUGACUUCACCUCGCAACACAAAGCUAUCCUUCGCAACAUCGACGACCUGCACUGGUCAUCUGAACAUAAAUGCUACUGUGAUGCUACAAUCGACGACUAUGAAGACUCUGUCCACGUCUGCCAUAAAGGCUAUAUUUCCAUUUUCCCCUUCAUGACCGGCCUAAUGCCGCCUACGCACCCUCACCUUCCCCACGUAUUAGACCUCAUCUCUUCACCGUCCGACCUCUGGUCUCCCUAUGGCAUCCGCUCCCUCUCCAAAUCAGACCCCUUCUACGGCACGGAUGAAAACUACUGGCGCUCUCCGAUCUGGGUGAACAUGAAUUACCUCAUCCUCAAAUCACUCCUCGACCUCAUCCAAUCUUCUACCAAUAAUUCAUCACCACCGCCCGCGAAGGUGAAAUCCCAAGCCGUCAAAAUCUACACCGAAUUGCGCAAGAAUCUCGUCGAGACUGUGUUCAACGAGUGGGAACGCACCGGCUUCGCCUGGGAGCAAUAUAAUCCGGAGACAGGCGCGGGCCAGCGCACGCAGCAUUUCACGGGCUGGACGAGCUUGGUCGUCGUGAUUAUGAGGAUGCCGGAUUUGAGUAGGAGCAGCGGCGAUACAGGAGGCAUCCAACACGGUGAACUGUGA